AUUGUUUGAGGCUGGAGCUGGGGGGUCCAGGGCCUCCGGGAAGCCCCCGGCAAUGUCCUUUGUCCCACUUCCCACAAAUCCAGAGGCCCAGCGAGGAGCCGGGUGAGCAGACGCGGCAGCUCCGGCAGGAUGAAGGUGCUGGUGGCUGUCCUGCUGGCUCUGCUGCUGUGCGGGCAGCAAGGCCAUCCUGACGGCUACGGGCCAGCUGCUGUACAGGGCCAGCACACAACCCCUAGUGUUGCUGGUAAGGAACACACAGGCAGAGGGCAGACGCAGGAGGUCGAGGAUGAUGACGUGGACGCUGGACCUGAAGGCUAUGAUGAGGACGACGACGAGGAGGACGACGAGGCCAGCGUGACUGCAGGCAGCAGAGGCACAGUGCAGCUGCGGUGCUACUCCUGCCAGUCCCUGCACCGGGAUGAGAGCUGCAGACAGAUGCAGAGCUGCAUCCUCCCCAAGACCUGCAAAACCAUCGUCUCCCACUGGAAUACUGAGUCAGGUCCCCGGACCACCUACUCGGGGUGGUGUGCAGACACUUGUCAACCCAUCAGCAGGACGGUGGAUGGAUCCCUGACGACCAUAUCCUGCUGCCAGGCCAGCCUGUGCAACACCCCGCCCUGGCAGGACCCCCAGGGAAGCGGGGCAGGUGGCCCCCAGGGUAGACCCUCAACCGUGGCCACCGCCCUCCUGUUCAGCCUCCUCGCCGGCCUUCAGGCAAUGGUGUUCUGAGUGGGGGGGGGGGGUCCCAUCCCCAUCCCCAGCCCGGCUUAUACCCUGGCUGGUCAGCACUCUGCCCACUGUCUUCCCCUCCCUUCCCCUC